AUGACAGCCCAAGUCUUCCACAACACCAUGCCGCAACACCCUUUUCCUUCGGCCUUUUCCUCGCCUGUACCUACCCCUUCGCCCACAAAGGAGAACCAGCUUCCGAUCUUUCCAUCUUUUCCCUUGCAAUCUUCCGAUGCCUCGAUGCCGUCCAAGCAUAUUGGGCCCAGUCAUUCCCAUGCUGACGCUGCACAGGCUAGUAGCAAAGAUGUUCAAGAACCGCGCACGUACAAGGCUCCCGAGUCGCGGCGCGUAUCUCGACCAAGGCUUCGCAGCCUGCAGAGCCUCAACUCUGCUCCCGCAACACCCUCUUUGACCGAACAGGACAGCGGGCUUGCCUUCAUCUCGACAGCACGCUUUCACUCGCUGUAUCCCAGCUUGAGCAGAGCUUCGUCGCGCAACGCCGUCGAGACACUCCAACCGCUAGCAGAAUCGAGUUCUGCCAGCGCCGGCAAGCAAAAGGAUGCAGACCUGCCCCAAAGGUCUCCGCCUUUGGCUGCUUCAACUCGAAUCGAAGCCAGCGGGAUGCCUACUAGGGCAAGGCGGUGCUCUACCAGUCCUACUCUGGAUUCGGGUCUGAGCGAGUUCGGUCAGAUGGGUGCUCCCUUUGCCGAUAGCCGCACUGCUGACCGCAACAAUGACGUAUCGGCAAGGUUCCGUAACUUUCAAAGCAAUACCGGCGCUUUCCUUCGCCGCAGUCAUACUGUCACGGCAGGCAUCAGCUCGGCGGCUCCGGCGAAGAGGGAAGAGACACCUCCACGUCGAUCACCUCCCUCGAAUGCCAUGACGUACGGCCCGAGCAGCGGCAGGAGCGCUCCCAAGCUCACUCAACGCCGACAGACCGUGUCCAAUGUAUCUCCUGACUCGGUGACAGAGCGACUUGGAGGCGCACAUGCCAACCGAGCUGGCACCGCUGUCUCGCCCGCUCCCAGUCGCACCUUGUCGUAUUCGCAGCCAUCACCCAACGCAGCACCAGGCAGUACCUUGUCCGUGUCGACCCCGCCUGCGCGCCUCCGCGAGCGCGGCACGCUGCCCAACAACCAGCUCGAAGCUAAAGUGGUCAUCCUCGGCUCCCAGGGUGUCGGCAAGACAUCACUGGUGCACCGCUACACAUCUGGCCAGUUCACCAUUGCCUCUACGCCGUCGACGAUCGGUGCGAGCUUUUUGACCAAGAAGCUUAUUGUGGAUGGCGUCAAGGUGCGCUUGCAGUUGUGGGAUACCGCGGGGCAGGAGCGCUUUCGAAGCAUGGCGCCCAUGUACUAUCGUGGCAGCCACGCGGCCGUGAUCGUCUACGACAUCACCAGCAUGUCGAGUUUCUUGGACAUUCGAGCAUGGAUCGAAGAACUCAAGAAGAACAUGACGACAGAUCUUGUUAUGCACAUUGUGGGGGCAAAGCUGGAUCUGGGCUGGUCGCAGAGGCAGGUGGAGCUCGAGUUUGCGCGUGCCACGGUGCGGAGUUGGUUGCAGCCGUACCAGGGGGAAGUGGAGCCGUUGGUUCCGGAGGUCGAUGGCAGCCCGGGUUCGCCGACGCGGCCGUCGUCGCGGUUGACUGCUUUGGCGAUCGGUUCGGCGUCUAGGUUGACGACGUUCCAGCGCGGGAGUAGUCCUGGAUGGCCGCAUCUGCCGUCUGGUGCAACGAGCGUGGCUAGCACGGUGGCGACAAUGCCUGCGGCGGCGUCUGGGCCGUUGAAGCCGAGCAGCUUUGGCAGCAGUGGAGCGUCGAGUGGGUCGGCGGGGAGCGACGGAGGUGCGGAUGUGGACGCUCUUAUGAGUUUCAAUCUGUCCUGGGACGUGGUGGAGGUGUCCGAGGUGUCGGCGAAGGACGAUCGCGGGAUUGAGGAGGUGUUCCUGGCGGUGACCAAGAAGCUUGUGGAGCGGCGGACGCAGAUUGAGCAGGAGAGGGCGCAGAGGGAGCGCAACAGCAUUUUCUUGCCGUCGGAUGAGCGCGUGCCUCAGCAGAGCGACGAGGCGGUCGUGAGCAACAGCUGGUCCUGUUGCUAA